AUGAUGGAGGAAGGGCCCCCCAACGCCAGCCAAGGCCGACACGGUUGGGUCGCGGCCAGGAACGGCAGUGGCAGCUCCUUGGGCCUGGAGUCUGUGGUGCAACCCCUCACCUUGAACCCCUGGGAUGUGGUGCUCUGCAUCUCUGGGACCAUCAUCUCGUGUGAGAACGCCGUUGUGGUGGUGGUGAUCUUCUACAGCCCGGCCUUCCGCGCUCCUGCCUUCCUCCUCAUCGGCAGCUUGGCCACAGCUGAUCUCUUGGCUGGUGUGGGGCUGAUCCUACACUUUGCCUUUGUGUACCUGAGCCCACCAGAGGCUGUCAGCCUGCUGACUGUGGGGCUCCUGGUCACCUCCUUCACAGCCAGCGUUGGCAGCUUGCUGACCAUCACCAUUGACCGCUACCUGUCCCUCUACAACGCCCUCACCUACUACUCGGAGAGGACGGUCACCAGGACUCACAUCAUGUUGAUCCUCACUUGGGGAGCCUCUAUCUGCUACGGGCUGCUGCCCAUCACUGGCUGGAACUGCCUGAAGGAACCUUCCUCUUGCAGCAUCGUCAAACCCCUGAUGAAAAACCACCUCAUCAUCCUCUCCGUCUCCUUCUUCAUGGUCUUUGCAGUGAUGCUGCAGCUCUACGUGCAGAUCUGCCGCCUCGUGUGCCGACACGCUCACCAGAUCGCCGUCCAGAGACACUUCCUGGCCACUUCCCACUACGUCACCACCCGAAAGGGCAUCGCCACCUUGGCCGUCAUCCUGGGCACCUUCGCUUCCUGCUGGCUGCCCUUUGCCGUCUACUGUCUGCUGGGGGACUACAGCUACCCCACCCUUUACACCUACAUCACCCUCCUCCCGGCCACCUACAACUCCAUGCUCAACCCCCUCAUUUACGCCUUCAGGAACCAGGAGAUCCAGAAGGUGCUGUGGGCCGUGUGCUGCGGCUGCUUCUCCUGCGCCGUGCCCUUCCGCUCCCGCUCCCCCAGCGACGUCUGA